AUGGCGGAUUCGCCGCAGUCGACCUGCCCACGGCCUGAUGAUACAGUGGCAGAGAAUCCUGAGCCUGACAAAGCUCUGCGCACUAUCUUCUCCGAGAUCUUAGAGGAGAAGCUUCGGUCAUUGGAGCUGCGGCUCGAGGCGCGAUGGCGAGAGCUGCUGCGACGCGAAGUGCCCACAAGAAUUCGGUCCCGCGUGGGCGACCCAACCGGAGAUGUAGCCACUGAGUCGGAAGUCUCCUCCAACUUUCCCCAUUUGCUUGCGAUGCCACCGACAUUGAUUGGUGCAGCGGAUGCUACGGAAAGCACUACCAAGGACUUGCUUCAGCUUCAGCGGCAUCAUCUUGCAGAAGAGGACCAGGAAACGACACCGCAGAGCAAAGCAAAGGGACUGAGCUUGUCAUUCGGCGCAUCCGGCGAUGAGACGCGGCGGGAACAUGCUCGAAGCCUGCGGAGCUCGAAUGCUUCUCAUGACAAACUCCGUAUGACGCCACUGCAAACGUGCAUGAGGAGUAAUGUGAUCGACAUCAGCCUUGCUAUGGUUAUCUUGCUCAGCUCCGUUCUUGUGGGCUUUGAGGUCCAAUACAUUGCGCAGGACUCUUCGACCAUGCUCCCAAACUCCUUCGUAGCAGUCCGCAUCUCCCUCAACAUCAUUUUUGCCUUUGAGCUUGUUCUCCGCUUGUAUGCAUUCGGCUUUGCCUAUUCCGUGCGCCAAGGUUGUGUCUGGUUCUUCUUUGAUACAUUCCUGGCUUUUGGCUCAGUUAUAGAGCUGAGUCUGGACAUCCACAGCUUUUUUCAUGAGCCGCUGGAGGGAAUGCCUGGCUUUUCGCAGUUGCGACUUCUGAAGAUCCUUCGCGUCACUCGUCUGCUGCGCGCCUUGCGGAUCCCAUCCCUCCUGAAGUACGUUGGGCCUUUGCAGACCCUGGUCUCCUCCAUCUCUCACACUCUGUGGUAUCUGGUUUGGGCCGCCGUGCUCCUGGUGCUCAUGAUCUACACGGUCUCCAUUCUCUUCGCCCAGACAGUGACAGCUUACGUGAUAAGCCAGGGCUUGGAAGCUGUGGAGGACUCAAAACCGGCAUUGUUAGAAUUCUGGAGGGAUCUCUUCGUUUCAAUGACCACCUGCUUCAUGGCAAUUUCGGGCGGCAUCAACUGGCAACUGGUGUACGUUCCUUUGAACGAGCUGGAUCCCUUGAUGGGUGUAAUCUUCAUAUUGUAUAUCUCUUUCACGUAUUUCGCGCUGCUAAACAUUCUUACUGGCGUUUUCUGCAAUAGUGCCAUGGAAGCACUAUCACGAGAUCCUGACAUUGUGGCCAUCUCGAAAGAUGCGACGCAUGUGCGCAACCAACUGCUCAAUUUUUUCUAUUUCAUCGACAAGGACGAUUCUGAAGGGAUUACGCUCGAUGAGUUCGAGGUGUGGAUGGCAGAGGAGAAUGGAAAGUUCAACUUGCAAGCGUUGGGAAUUGAGGGAGGGGAUGCCUGGACUCUUUUCAAGCUUCUUGAUGAAGAAGCUUGUGGAUCAAUCUCCAAGGACGCCUUUGUGGACGGCUGCCUGCGCCUGCGGGGAAGUGCUUCAGGUGUAGACAUGGCAACCUUGCGCUGCGAGACACGGGCAGUGCAAGAACUUCUGGGUUUGCUGGUCAUGCGGUUGGAUGCGUCACUGGGCCCAAAACCACGCAGGCCAUCCUUUCCAAGAAGGCUCUCGAAGAGAGGCGCAGUGGCUGCUGAUGUUGAGGUGGGCAUUCUGAUCCGCGCUGAUCCCAAGCACCCAGCUGGGCCGCAUGGACCGUCUUGGCCGGCUUCGCCCAACCAGGUGCCAUACUUGGAGCUGGCGAGGCAGUCAGAGGCCAAAGGCAAGCACUUUGAUGCCUGGUUGCUCUACGGCAAGGCAGCCGAGGAAAGUGCACCGGAGCUCUCGGAAAUCUUCAGACGCCGUGCAUCGUGUGCCCUGGCAGCGAACCUUGCUGUUUGCGCCGUGGCUGACGCAAACGCAGGAAUCGAGAUAGGAGAUGUUCUUUGCCACGAGAUUGCGGCACGAAGCUUGCAGUCCCUGUGCAGAUUCGAGGAAGCGUUGAGUGCAGCCAAGCGAGGUGCGAAGCUGCUGGAAGGCAGUCCCGCUGGCCUGCUGCUGCAGGAGAUGGCGGCAAAUCUCGAGAACACACCUGCAGAGGCUGCGGCACAAGUGCAAGGAGGCAUUUCGCUACCAAGCCCACAAGACCUACAGCAGUUUGUCAUGCGUUCCAUACGGCCUGAUGGUAAGGAAUCGCGUCUCUAUGGUGCUUUGCUGGCAGUGGCAAUGGGUUGGUGGUAUGAGGUUGGCGGGAAUGCGCAGUUGUUCACCAAUGAAAAAGCCACAUCGAAGCAGAACAUCGGCCUUGCAUCAUACGAACACGUGUGGACCACGCAGGACCCGCCCGGAGCCAUGGCCACGCCACAGGUAUAUGGACAAGCACAGAGCGGUCCGGCAGCCGAGCUCCAGCGACAGAUGGCCACGGCUGCAGCGCAGACCGGCGCGCGUGCAGCUGCAGACAGGGCCAGAUCAGGUGUCUAUGAAGUCACGGUUUAUAUCCAAGAAAAUCCUGCAAGCAUUAAAACCAUGUGCUUUUGCAUCGGCCUGCUGCUCAUGAUCUUCAGCAUAAUCACCCUCUUCAACCCGUUUGCGGUCUUGUUCAUGCCGCGACAUUACCUGGCCAAUGUCUACAACAUCAUUUUCGGCAUCAUCAUCUGCAUCUGCGAUGGCAAGGAGUCCUGGAUGCAAAGUUGUGGCGACGUCCAGGCCAAGCUUUUCCAGAAGGCUUUCAUCCUGGCGAACCCCACGGGCCGCGCAAUGUUCUAUAUCUAUGUCGGAACCAUGACGAUGCUUUUGGUACCCGGUGAUGGCUUGUGGAUGAUCAUCUACAUCAUCCUGGGCUCAACCUUGUGCAUCAUGGCCUUGCUCAUGCUAUUCAUGCAUUAUUGCGGUCACCUUUGCGGAGCUAGGACCUACGGACACAUGACUUCCCAAAAUUCCGAGAGAGUCUAG